UUUUUUUACUUUUUUUGGUCAUGUGGCAAUAGUUUGCUUCCAUUUUAUGAGUUACACAUUCAUGGAGUAGAUGCAAAAAAAUAUGGUGAGAAGAAAAAAGACAAUAAAAUUUGCUAAACAACGAUGCCUUUUGAUGAUCGGAAAUAUUGUAUCCACGAUUCGGUAUCCAAGAAAAAAAACAACGAUUUUUUUUUAUCAGAUAUAGAUAUGGCGGCAUUUUUGACACAUUUAUAGUAAAGAGAAAGAGAGAGAAAGUGAGAAAUCAUUUUGUCAACAACCGGAAUCAAGGUAUAAUCACAACAACAAUUUGUUGUUUGUUUGUUUGUCUAUCAUCAUCAUCAUCAUCAUUAUAAUUGGUGUAUUUCAAUUACAAAAAGUCAUUUUUUUCCAACUGGUUGAUGAAUCAAUUAAACAUUAUUUGAAAAUGGACGGUGAAAUAUCGAAACCAUUCUUGUUUUCCAUUAAAAAAUGGUCAGUAAUCAUUUUAUGUGCAUUGAACAUCAUCCUUAUGAUCAUCUAUGCAUCCAUUUCGAAUUUAUUGGCCAAUCGUUAUCUAUAUGAUUAUGAGAUUGAUCGUGAUUAUCGUAUUGAAGAAGUUAAGUUGACGGUCAUCAUAACUUUAUUGAUGAUAUCGAUAUUUUCCAUCUCAUUCUCUAUACUCGGUAUUAUCGGUGCUGUACGUGAAAGUUUUACAUUCACAUUGGUAUUCACCAUAUUGGCAGUCAUAAAUUUUGCUGCCACAUUAGCCAAUUCCAUUAAACGUCCAUAUUAUAUUGCAUGUGCUAUAUGGGCCAUAUUGAUGGUCAUUGCAGCUGUAUUUCUAACUCGUGAUUUGCAGAUCUGUAAUCGAAGAAAACGAAAUCGUAUCUAUCAGAAUUGAAAAUUUACAACAUUUAAAACUACAAGAACGAAAAAAAAAAUUUCAUAAAGUCUGACAUUUCCA